AUGACCCCUCCAAAGUUUACACCUCCUGUCACAAUACGGCUCACUCCUACUCACUGCCUGAAACGUCAGGAUACGAUAUUUGAUGAGCUUUUUCAAUCGAUCGACAAAUGCAUCUUUCUAAGCUCCACUCAAGACGCUCUCGACUCGUUACUUUGCAGUGCAUUCUUCGAUCCUUCUGUUCCAUGCAAUUUAGUCGGGGCUGCAUCUCUCGGAGCACGAAAAGCGAUUUCGACUGCAAAUGUGAUUGAUAAUCAGCAGCUUCUUAACACGAUCACGCAUAUGAAACCACAUCUGAGCAUUUUAUGGACUGCUGCAAUAUGCAACGACCAGGCAAAUUCGCUGCUAAAUAUGGUUCUAAAUAGUUUACCGCCGAUAUGCCUGGUGGCGGCCUUUCUAACCCACACGAUUCACUCGUUUCUUCAGGUAGAAUAUUGCUUAAGAGACUUGGAGGAGCCUCGCAUUGCUCGGGCAACUGAAUUCCAGACUUCUUACUUUUGUCGGCCAGAUGUAUCAGUGCCAUGGUCGCCAGCGCCUCCUUUCGGCGCAACUCCAAUUCAAAACCUUAGCCUUGAAGUCAGAGCACAUAUUACACAUCAGCACAAGCCAAUUUCAUGGAGAAUCAACUGGGUCUUGGAUUCCGGGGAAAGAAUACCGGCGAGCAAAGUUUAUCAACCUUUGGUUGCUCAGAUUUACGAUAUAUGUGACUCUUGUCCCGCAGAUCAAGCCGAUGAGCGACCUUAUUUGGAACGGGAUCUUGCUGACGAACAGUCGGGCGUUGCAACAUCGCGCUUGUUUAAUUGGCAUAGGAGUUAUGAUGACGGCAUCUGGCUUGACGAAGGUAGUGAGGAUGUUGAAUUGGUUCGGGAGUUACAGAAACAUCCGUGGAUUGUUGAUCCAUUUGAUAGCCUGGAAAAUGAGCCAGUUGAAGAAACAAAGCACCGCAAGGUCUGCUUUGAAGCUAUAUCGCGAUGGAAUAGUGAGGUCGAAAGAUUUCGGCUGUUAGGGGAAAAUGCCUCACCAUGA